GUAUUGCAACUCAAAAUGAAUUCAAAUCCUCUCAAGGUUUUUGUCUUUCUUCCCUUCUGCCAUCUUCAUUUUAUUUUUCACCUUUCUCUCUUGAAUUUCUCAUUUCUUCUAUUUUCUUCCCUUCUGCCAUCUUCAUUUUGUCUUCCUCCCCUUUAAUUUCUUCCUAAUUAGUAAUUAAUUAUUUGUUUUCCUCCUUGCUUAAACAAUCUUUCCCGUUGACUUGCCCAUUUCACCCCACUAUCCGUUCCGUUUCCGUUGGUAUAGGCCACUUCUUAUCAGCAAAGAAAGAAAGACAAACCCAAGGACGUAAACCGGCUGCCAUCUUUCCCGGUUGACUUGCCCAUUUCACCCCCACUAUCCGUUCCGUUGGUAUACGCCAACAAUUGUACAGAAGCCAUGUUUCCGACUUCUUAUCAGCAAAGAAAGAAAGACAAACCCAAGGACGUAAAGACUGCGUUGAGGAUAUGAAAUCUUGGCUUUUAUAUCUUCUGUUGAAGGAUCGGAAAUCUUGGCCUUUAUAUCCUCUGCUAUUCAAAUUGCCUAGGUCAGCACUUGAAGUUGCAAAGAAAAUGCUAACAAAACCUAGUCGCAACCCUGUGGCUGCAACAGUUGAAAAAGAAGCUGGAUGGCUACUUCUAUCCUCUCUAUUAUCUUCUAUGCCAAAGGAGGAGCUUCAAGACCAGGUUUUUGAUAUUCUCUCAUUAUGGGCUCCCCUCUUUGGUGGAAAUCCAGAACAAGAAAUUAAGCAAAUUGGGGAUUUGACACCAAGCAUUUGGUCUGGAUCUCAAUUGCUGGUGAUUCUUAGACCAGCACACUGAAGUCUUGGUCCUACUAUGAUGAGUCGAAUAUUGACAAGGCUGUCUCAAAUAAUUUUGCUACUAUGAUGAGACUUGGUUUUUUUUAUGGUGAUCCUACCAAGCAAAUCUAUGGAAAUCUUGGUCCAAAACAUGGUAUCCACUAUCAUAAGUACCAAUGACAAACAUGAACAUGAGAGCAGAUCCUUUGACGGGCUAUCCAGGCAGAACCUACAGAUUUCAUACUGGAGAAACUGUUUAUUCAUCCAUGCAAGAGCUCCAAGCAUAGCCCUUCUGCAGUGAAUCACUUCAAGCUCACGGUUCUCGACAAAAGUUUCUGAGUCAGCACAGAGACCAACAGUAUCCCAUCCAUAGUCACCUGGGAACUCACCAGUCAAGUAAGACGGAAGCUCACUGGAGAAUGGACAUAGCCAUUGCCCAUGAGCUUAGGGGUAAAGGAGAAGAGCUUCACCGCCUUGCUAGAGAGCGAAGGGGAGGAGAGGGCCAUAGUUAAUUUAGUGAUAUAUGAGUUGUGUAGUGGAAGUGGUGGGUGGAAAAGAGAAGGGGUCCAAUGGGUAUUAAGGCCAUCUCCAACCCUAUGCACUAUUUUUUGCACCAUUUUGGUGCUUUGCACUAAAAUGGUGCAAUAUUUACUCCAACCUUCUGCACCAAUUUUAACACCAAAAAUAAUAUUCUAUUUAUAU